AUGACCACGCCGAUCCCUUGUCCGCCGUCCUUGCCCUUCCUCGGCCAUGUCACUCAGAUCGACAAAGAGGUGCCAUUACGGUCCUUCAUUCUUCUCUCGAAGCAGUAUGGCGAGAUAUAUGAGCUCCUGCAGUUCUCCAGGUCUCUUCUCGUGGUCAGCACGUACGAACUCAUGAAUGAUGUCUGCGACGACAAGCGGUUUGUCAAGAACCCUCAGGGUGGUGCUCUCACGCAAGUGAGGAAUGGCGUCGGGGAUGGCCUGUUCACCGCUCAGCCGGGUGAAGAGAACUGGGAGUUGGCUCAUCGCCUCCUCAUGCCUGCAUUUGGCACGGGAGCCAUCCGAGGGAUGUUCGACGACAUGUACGAUAUCGCUAUGCAGCUUAUCCUGAAGUGGGAACGGUUCGGUCCGAGCGUAGCACUCAACCCUGCCGAGGACUUCACCCGACUGACCUUCGAUACCAUCGCGUUGUGCUCGAUGUCUUAUAGAUUAAACUCAUUCUACAGGGAAUCGAACCCGCCGUUCGUCGAGUCGAUGGUCGAUUUCCUGAUCGAGUCCGGCCAACGCGCCUUCCGGCCGUCGCUGGUGACGAACAUGAUGGGCUAUAAUGCAAAGUACGAGCAGGACAUCAAGGUCAUGGCAGACCUCGCCCACGACAUCAUCGCGGACAGGAGGGCCAACCCGACGGACAAGAAUGACUUGCUGAACCGAAUGUUGUUGGGAAAAGACCCGAAGACAGGCAAGUCUCUGCCGGAUGAAAACAUUAAGAAUAACCUAUUGACCUUUCUCAUCGCCGGGCAUGAGACUACUUCAUCAACGCUCUCCUUCCUGAUGUACUUCAUUCUCAAAAAGCCCGAGGUCAUGCGUAAGCUGCGUGAAGAGAUCGACGAAGUCCUAGGCGACGAGCCGCCGCAGAUUGGGGACCUGACAAAGCUGCCGUACCUAACUGCGUGCUUGAGGGAGGCCCUCCGCAUGGGCCCCGCGGCGCCGAUGCGCAGCGUCGAGGUGUGGGAGGACACGACGAUCGGCGGGGGCAAGUACGCCGUGAAGAAGGGACAGACCGUCGCCAUCUUGACCGCGCAAGCCCUGAGGGACCCCAAGGUCUGGGGCGAGGACGCGGAGGUGUAUAACCCAGAGCGGAUGUUGGAUGGAAAGUUCGAGGCGCUGCCUCCAAACGCCUGGCAGCCCUUCGGAUUCGGCAUGCGCGCCUGCAUCGGCCGCGCCUUCGCCCUGCAAGAAAUGCAGCUCAUCGCCGCGCUCAUCUUCCAGCGGUUCGACGUGAUGAUGGACGACCCCUCGUACGAGCUCGUCCUUAAGCAGACGCUCACCAUCAAGCCACGCGACUUCCGCAUCCGCGUCGCGCCCCGCAAGGACAAGGGCCGCCCCGUCGCUCGCCCAACAGCAGCGUUCCUUCGAGGACAUGUGGGUACGAAGGGUGCGGGUCCGGGACAGACGACGGUGAAUGGGGUUGCGAAUGGAAGUGUGAGCGCGGGGGCGGAGGCGAGGCAACCGAUGUAUGUGCUGUAUGGCUCGAAUACGGGGACGAGCGAGACCUUUGCGCAGCGGGUCGUAAACGAUGCUGCGGCGAGAGGCUUCCACGCGAGCAUGGGCACCCUCGACGCAUUUGUGGCCAAGCUCCCGACGGACGGCCCCGUAGUGAUCAUCACCGCGUCUUUUGAAGGCGAGCCUGCCGACAACGCUGCGCACUUCGUCGACUGGCUCUCCAACCUGAAGGGCUCGGAACUCGCCAACGUGCGCUUCGCCGUCUUCGGGUGCGGGAACCGUGACUGGGUGCAGACAUUCCAGCGUAUCCCCAUGCAGAUCGACGCUCGGCUCGAGGAACGUGGCGCACAGAGGGUGAUCGCGCGUGGGGUGGGUGAUGCCAGCGCGGGCGACUUCUUCGAGACAUUUGAUGAGUGGGAGGCGGGCUUGUGGGAGGCGCUGUCAAAGUAUGGCACGGCCGCGAUGGGCGAUGCGAAGGCAGGCUUGGUGGGUGGGCUAGAGGUGAAGACGGUGGGUGAGGGUACAUACCGCGCGUCGGUGCUGCGCCAGCCGGAUGCUGCGCUUGGCACGGUUGUGGAAAAUACGCUGCUCACUCCCCCGGAGGCUCCGGCGAAGAGGCAUAUCGAGUUCCAGUUGCCCGAGGGCACGUCGUACAGAGCGGGUGACUAUCUCGCCAUUCUCCCUUCGAACCCACAGAGAGACGUGCACAGGGUGGUCGCUCGGUUCGGAUUGUCGCCAGAGCAAGAGAUCGUCCUGUCAUCCAGUGGACCCACGCCGCUCCCGGUUGAUCGGCCCGUCACCAUUCAAACUCUAUUGUCUGGGUAUGUUGAACUCUCGCAGCCUGCCACAACGCGGGACAUCCGCAUCCUCCAAGCAGCGGAGAACGCUCCCACCGAAGCGCUCCAAGCGCUCUCCGCCUCGUACACAGAACAAGUUCUGAACGCGCGCCUCAGCGUGCUCGACAUCCUCGAAGACCACCCCUCGAUCAAGCUUCCCUUCCCGACCUACCUUCAACUUCUUCCCGCCAUGCGCAUCCGGCAAUACUCCAUCUCGUCUUCACCGCUCUGGAACCCGUCACACGUGACACUCACCGUGAGCGUCGUGGACGCGCCCUCGCGCGCAGGGCGGAAAGACGCGUUCCUCGGUGUCGCGUCGACGUUCCUCGCGGGGCUGCGACCGGGCGACCGCGUGCAGCUCGCGGUGCGCGCGAGCAGUGCGGCGUUUCACCCGCCUGCGGACCCCGCCGUGCCAAUGUUGCUCUUCGCAGCGGGCUCGGGGCUCGCACCUAUGCGCGGGUUCUUGCAGGAGCGCGCGAUGCAGAAGAAGGCGGGGCGGGAGGUGGCAAAGAGUUUGUUGUUCUUUGGAUGUAGGAGGCCCGGGGAGGACUUGUUGUAUGGGGAGACGGACCUGAGGGAGUGGCAGGAGUUGGGGAUUCUGGACGUGAAACCGGCGUUUUCGAGGGCGGUGGAGCAGUCGGAGGGGUGCAAGUACGUGCAAGAUCGUGCGUGGCUCGACCGCGAGGAAGUCCGGGAGGCCUAUAAUGCCCAGGCCAAGUUGUACACCUGCGGCUCUCGCAAGGUCGCUCAGGGCAUCAAAGAGGUCCUCACUAAGAUCAUCAAGGAGGCAAAGGGGAUCGACGACACGAUGGCCGACGAGAUGUUCCAGCAUGCCAUCAAGGGCAGGUACGCCACGGACAUCUUCGAGUAG